AUGGAUCCCAAUGUCAACAUUUACAACACUUCGGUGAUCCCACCACCACACGGUCAGAUCUCAAACUUUGAUAGGUCCUUAUCUGGUGUGCAGCUAGCAACGAUCGUUGUGUUUGCAGUAACCUUCUUUUUGGCAACGUUUACUCUCGCUCUUCGCUAUGUUACCAGUGUCUUGGUUGUCAAAGAAUGGGAGUUGGAUGUUGUUCUGAUUACUCUAUCAUGGGGGACUGCGCUGGGAUACUUCAUCUCUGUCUCCUUUAUGAUGAAGUACGGAUGGGGGUCACAUGCUUGGGAUGUUUCACUCGCCGAUCUGGCGAACUACAACAAGUAUCUCUCGCCGACGACUUUAACGUACAUGUGGAGUCCGACCUUGACGAAACUAUCCAUCCUGUCGGUUUUGUACCGCAUCAGCCCUGCCCGACCACACCAAUAUGCAGUCUACAUCAUCGCCGGUAGUCUACUGGUCUACACAAUAACCUUUACCGUCCUCCUAUCCGGUCCGUGUAACCCGCGCUUUGUUGGCUCGGGUGUUUGCUUGAACAACCUUGCCAUUUCGCAGGUGGUGUUGAACAUUGCUAGUGAUCUAUCUAUCAUCGUUCUGCCAUUACCCACCCUCUACCACCUUCAAAUACGUUUUCGACAGAAGCUUGUGGUUGCUGGAAUUCUCUCCGUUGGAUCUGCUGUCUUGGUAGCAUCCAUCGUCCGAGCCCCCUAUGUCCAAAUCUUCGCCACCAACCCCGACUUUACACUCAAACAAGCCGAAGCUGGAAUAUGGUCCCUAGUCGAACUUAAUAUGGGAAUCGUCUGCAACAACCUCAUGCGACUCAAGCCAUUCCUCAACCGAUACCUACCACAACUAUUGACCUUCCUCGGCAUGUCGGGAGGCAAGUCGAAGCAGAAGAUGACCAACUCAGUUGAUAUCAAUGGAAACUGGAAACCCAAGGGUUCUCAGGGCUAUCAGCUGCACAGUAUAGGGAAAGGGGACAAGAAUGAGAGUUUCAACAAAAAGGCGGGAAUGCAAGACACAGUGUUUGAGGAUUCGACGAAAGAGACGAUUGGUGGUAAUGGCAGUACUGAUAGCAUAUUAAGAGUUUAG